AUGCGCGACGACUCAUCGGAAGAUAGAACUGGUUUGGACUUACAGGAUUUUUCAAAUGAAAGAGUAUUUCACAAGUAUGGAGGUACAGCCAGAAAUGAAGUUGGUGAAACUGAGUCGGUUACGGCUAGGUAUGUUGAUAUUUUGAACGGAAUAUUUGCCAAAGGACGAAAACGAACUGAUGAAUUAAAUUGUAUGGUUGCGGCUAGUGGAGUUGCUGCUCGAUAUGAAAUUACUUCGUUUUCGUCUGGAAGAGACGCUGAAUUCAAACAAAUAGAAAGUUUGAGUUUGGAUGGCGCCAAAGCCUUGUUGCGAUCCACCAUGUUGAAGUUAGAACACAGUGAGAAAGUUGUCAGAACGCAGAAUGAGAAAAUUUUGAGUUUAGAGCAAAGGCUAGCAGUCUCUGAAACCGCUGACAAACAUUACUCGAAUCUUCUAGAUUUACUGGAAAAGGAAAUUAUGCGAUUAUUGGAUGAAUUUGUUUCUAUGGAGCGGAAAAGGAUUGAAAGGUCCACUUAUCUUAUUGAAAUGAAUGAGAAGGUUGAGCGAACUAAUGAAUUGCUUAUGACAGAGAAUAGGAAUCUGCUUACGAGGGUGGAUGACCAGCUUGGUACCAUGCGUAGGUUAGAGAAUGAGUUACAUGUAGCUGAAGUCACUUGUAGGGACAGCAAAAAUGAAAUUAGUGGCCUGAAAGCAAGAUUAAAUGCGAAAGAAAGUGAGAACCAAGAAAUGUCGAGGAAGGUUGCUGACCUUGAACGAGAGAUCCAUGAGAAGAGAGAAGAGAUUCGAAGGUUGACAGAACGUUUAAGAGAGUUUGAGAAUAAUAGAGAAGAAUGUGAAGCGAAGUGCACUAGGCUCGAAAAGGCAGUGGAACAAGAAAGAAAAAGAGCACAGGAGAAUUUGACCGAAAAAGAAAUAGAAUGGAGAAGGAAACUGGAUGUUGAGGUGGAAAGAAAACGCAGGGAAACUGAGCGUCAGUGGGCCACUGUGAUAAAUGAGCAAAAAGAGACGAUGGAUGAACAACGGAACGAAAUAAUCAAAGUUAAACGAGAGAGAGAUGGAUUGGUUGCUAAGCUAUGCGAUUAUACGAAAAAUCUUGAAAAUUAUAAGAAACAAAUAUAUUUGGACGCUCAAGAACGAUUGGCUAGGGGAUGUCAGUUAGCCGUUACCGGAUUUACUGAGAACUUGGAACCUGAUUUUGAAGCUGGUUCAUCACGCCAGUCAGCGAUGGACAGGGUAAAUGAUUUGGUUAGUUCUAGUCGACAGUUACGUCGUCCGCUUGCUCCUUCAGUGAUUUCUGAGAACAUUGAUGGGAAUUGCGCAUCACAGAGGGCUAAGGCGAUGAAAACGGCAGGUUCUGCGAAAGGAGAAGAGGUAAAAGGUAGAACGAGGCCUCCAGGCACAGUGAGCAUUAUUUUAUUGAGUAUAAAUUUUAUAGUUUUUUGUCGGUUUUUCUAUAUGGCAGAUGGUUCUCUCCUUUAUAACAGUAAUUCGUUCGCUACUGUCUGUACAAAAUUGAUGUUUUUUACCGAUUUUAUUGGGUAUGGAUCUGUUAGCAAAACGAGGCCUGUUGUUGAGGAGCAAGGAGUGGGUAUCCUUCAGUUUUAUUGUUCGUCUGAAGGUGAGUCCGGAUAUCAGCUUGCUCAAGUUUUUUUUGUUAUAAUUGGAAGAUCUCCAGUACGGUUUUUGACGAGUGGUUCGCUUGGAUUCUGCGUCAUUCCUGUUGCACAUCGUGUUCCUGUUAUUGGUGCGUUCGCUGGUAUGCAUCCAGCGUAUUGGUUGCUGGUUAUUCAAGCUUGUCAGGAACUUUAA